AUGUCUGACAUGGAAGAUGGUAGAAGCAAACGCCCACGCGAUGAGGAGGUUGGCGAGGAGGAUGUUGACUUGCCUAAGCGACGAAGAGGGGAGGGACCUCGGAUCGAGCUACGUAUCCUCAUGCAGAGCAAGAAUGCUGGUGCUAUCAUUGGUAAAGGUGGCUCAAACAUCAACAGACUGAGAAAUGAUUACAAAGCCAGUGUUACAGUGCCAGAUAGCAACGGUCCCGAACGUGUUCUGACCGUUGGAGCCGAAUUGGGCACAGUCCUGGACAUACUACUUGAUGUUCUGCCAGAUAUGGAGGAUUCAAGGAAUAGGAGAAAUGAUUCUGAGUCUGAACUGAGGAUAAUUGUACACCAAAGCCAGGCUGGUUGCAUCAUUGGCAGACAGGGAUUCAAAGUCAAGGAGCUCAGAGAGAAAACUGGUGCCAACAUUAAGGUCUUCUCCACCUGCUGUCCAAAUUCCACCGACCGAGUGGUGGCAGUCAGUGGGAAACCCAAGGUGGUUGUUGGCUGUAUUGAAGAGAUUCUGGAACUUCUGCAACAGGCCCCUCCUAAAGGUCCCAUCAACCUAUAUGACCCAUCUUACAGCGACGAAUUCCUGGCCCCAGAUUAUGGAGGUUACAUCACAGGAGAUAUCCGUGCAAGCAAAGGAUUGCCAAGAGGAGCGGCUCCACCCCCAAGGAAUUUGAGAGGAGGCAUGCGUGGCAGGCUAGGCUUGGAAGGAUUCAAUCUGGGCGGCGGCUUGGAUUUCGGCCGUAGUGGUGGUUUGCGGGGAAAUGUCCGAGGGGGCAUGCGUGGGAAGUCUUUUGGCAAUGACAUGGAGCCAGCCCUGGGUAGAGGGCCAGCAUUUGGCAGAAGUGGAGGUUUGAGGGGAAACAUUAAUGCCAACAAUCUCGGGUUACCCAGAGGUCUUGGCUUUGGAGCUGGUGGGUUUGGUGGUGGUAUGCAGCAAGACUUCAGUGGUGAUAUGGGAGGCCUUGGAGGUGGACAAGGAAUGGCUUUUGGUGACGAUGAGUGCGAGACCACUCAAGUAACCAUUCCUAAAGAUCUGGCUGGAGCAAUCAUUGGUAAAGGUGGCAGUCGCAUUACAGACAUCCGCCGAAGAUCAGGAGCUAUGAUUGUGAUUGAUGAACCAUUGCCGGGAUCAAGUGACCGCAUCAUCAGUAUCAGCGGCUCACCAGAUCAAAUCCAAAAUGCCCAAUACCUGCUGCAGAUGAGUGUGAAGCAGAAUUCCAACAAGUACUAG